AACGUUAAAAAUAUAAAAAUCAUACUUAGGGUAAAUUUGGUUUAAAUAUUUUUCGACAGGAGCCGUUUAGGAAUAAGUUAACUGCAGUGAAUGGGAGUCAUUUGGGAUCCACCGUUAAUGACGAUAGGCCACAUAAUAAUUAUCCGUGGUAAUAUGCGGUACAUGCGGUAUAUGCAACAUUGCGUUAUUUUAUUCGAUCAUAUCCGAAAUUAAACAAUAAAAAAUGUCUUUAGUCGUAGAUAUUGCACGUAUUAGAGAUUGGACAUUUACGCUGUAAGAACGCCUAAAUUACACGUCACACAUACAAAUAUAUUAUGUUUAAAACGAGAAUGUUUUUGUCGCUUUUGUUUUCCUAUCUAGUAUUAAUUCUACAUGUUUUUGUAUCAGUUCAACAAUACUCAUAUACCUAGUGGUAAACGUGUUGACGUCCACGAACUCGAACAAUAAAGGACAUUGCGUACAAAACUCUGAACACGUAGAAACGUCAUUCCUCAAGGAAUUAUGUAAAUCAAAUCCCGAUUUGGAAGAGUUUAUGAUAGCCGCUGACAUUUUGAUAAGAUCCGAUUGUGCUUUGAUCGAUUCGUGUAGAAGAGUGGUCGAGCAACCUCACGAUGAUGUCGACGAAGUAGACUUCAUAGUGGUUGGUGGAGGAGUCGCGGGUCCCGUAGUGGCCGGUAGACUGUCGGAAAACCCUAACUGGACGGUGACCCUUUUCGAAUCCGGUCCAGAGCAACCGGCGGCCAUCGAUAUUCCCGCUUUGCUGAGUUCGGCAAUAGCCACGAAGUACGAUUGGCAGUAUAUUACGACGCCGCAAAAACACGCUUGUUUGGCAUACGGGGGAGUGUGCGGUUGGCCCCGAGGAAGAUUGUUGGGAGGAACAGCUUCACUGUCGGGUUCGAUGUACUCGAGAGGGCACCGGGACGUUUACGACGGGUGGUUGAGGGACGGUAACGUCGGGUGGGGAUAUGAUGACGUGUUGCCGUUUUUCAAGAUGUCUGAGAACAACAGGGACUACAACACGGAAAUCCACGGGACUCGGGGCCCGAUGCCCGUGCAAAAGCCCACGGAAAUUUUGCCGAUAGCUCGAACGCUGAUGGAGGCUGCCCGGGAAUUGGGGUACUCGGAGAUGGACAUGAGUGAACCGGACCCGAUGGGUUUCUCGAUCGCGCAGCUCAUGAUCAACAGUGCAAAGGUCCGGGUUACGACGCCCACGGCGUACCUACGGCCACACCUGAGGAGCCGUGGACACCUGCGCGUCAAAACCAACCGCCACGUGACCCGACUGCUUGUGGCCGCGGACCGGCGGUCGGUGCACGGCGUCGAGUACGUGGACAGCGCGAACCGUACCAGGCGGCUGAUGGCCAGGAAGGAGGUGAUCCUGUGCGCGGGCGUUAUCGGGUCUGCGCACUUACUCAUGCUGUCCGGCAUCGGGCCGGCAGAGGAUCUGCGGCCGCUGGGCGUACCGGUGGUGCAAGACUUGCGGGUGGGCCACAAUCUGCAGCACCACGUUGCUAGCAGGCUGGGCUUUCAGCUGAACGUGACCCACGACCGGAUGCUGACGUACGAGGCGAUCGGUCAGUACAUGAAGCAGAGAUCCGGUCCGCUGUCCACGACUGGCGGCCUCCAAGUGUCUGCGUUCCUGCGGUCCGACCGGGCAGGGCCCACGGACCCGGCAGACGUGCAGUUGUUCUUCGAUGGCUUUUCGCCGAACUGCGCUUACGCCCAACCGGUUUACGGCGGGUGCAAGGCGACCACGGACCUGGUGCGCAUGAAUGUGCGGCCGGUGAACGUGCGGCCACGGAGCCGGGGCACCAUCCGGCUAGCUAGUGCCGACCCUUUCGUCCGGCCCCGGAUCGAUCCCAAUUACUUGGCCACAGAGGAGGACGCCGACGUGCUGGUGUGGGGCCUGCGACUGGCCAACGACCUGGUGCACACCAAGGCCCUGCAGCAGCUGGGCGCCACCGUUGACCGGUCACCCGUCGACCACUGCAACAAGCACACGUUCGCCACCGACCCGUACUGGCGGUGCCUGGUCCGGUACCACACGCGCGGUGAGAACCACCACGCUGGCACGUGUAAGAUGGGCCCGGCCUCCGACCCGACUGCCGUAGUCGACCCCGAGUUACGUGUCCACCGCGUUCGCGGCUUGCGCGUUGCCGACGCGUCCGUGUUCCCAACACAGCCCAACUGCAACCCCAUCGCGCCCGUCAUCAUGGUCGCCGAGAAGGCAGCGAAGUUCAUCAAGAACACGUGGCGCUGACGCUAGACCACCCCGAAAAUAACCGGCUUAGGUACCGGUACGAUUCGUGGUGCAGUCGACGGUAUCGCGGGGACGUCCGUGCAACAAUAUUGGUAUAUAUUGUGAAUUGAGCAUCAAAAUAUAAUUUCAAUUAAUUUUCCAAUCUCUUGUAUAUCUACUGCAAAGGCCAUUAUUUACGUACCUACCGUUUGAUUCAGUAUUCCAUUUUCGUUGUAUAAAAUUAUAAUUAUUUAUUGAUGUAACAUUAUAUAUCAUAAUAUUGUAUUAUAUCACUAAAAGUACUUAACAUGUUUCAUUUUCGUGUGAAUUUAAAUUGUUAUUAUUAAACAGAAAAUAGUAAAUACCCUUUGUAAGAUCUGUAUAACACUAUUUAAAAUAAUAUUUUACUUAAUAAUUAUUAUACUUAGGACAAUAAUAUUAAUAGCACAGUUUUGAUUAUGCGAAUCAUCUCAGCGGUUUCUCGAAUAAUCAUCGAAAUAUAUCUUUCAUAAUAUUUGCUACUAA